CACAAUAUUGAUGAUACAAGUCGAAUUUGUUCGAACAACAAGGUCAAACUUGUUAAAAGAUAUUUGAUUGAAUCAGCCAACAAUAUGAGUCAUGUUGCUUUUGUAAAAUUGACUUGUAGAAUGUACUAGUUACAGCUACACUUAACAAAAUCGAACUUGUUGGUUGAACCAAAGUGCACGUAGGCGCUAUUUUAACCAAAAAACUUGUUGAACGAAAAUGAAAACUGGAUGUUUUUUCUCCCAGUGAUACCUAGUUGCCUGAUAAGCCAUGGCAAAGAAUGUUCGGAUAACGCUAGGAAGAAGAGAGUUGGGUACGCUGAAAGUGAAAGUUGGUUUCAUAAAAUGUCUAAUGAUACCUUUACAGGACUGUACUACGCUGCUAGAGCCGAUGCCGACUUCGUGUACAGUUCAGAAGCUGGUGGGCUGGUUCUGCACACAUUACCCGGCAUCUGGUCGGACGCUGCCAUGCGCUGCUAUCUCGAAGGUGGGAUGCUAGCUUCUCCGACGAGCAGUGGGUUAGUAAGGGAGAUGACGGCCAAUAUGGCCGAACACAAGCUGACUCGUGUCUUCACCGGGAUCAAUUCCAUCCUGUACCAAAAAAGCUUCAAGUCUCUUGACGGGGUGCCGCGGUCAUCCAUCCCAGUGGGCUGGGCCGAGGGCCAGCCGGACAACGCGAAUACGGACGAGGACUGCUUGGUGCUGACGAACGAGGGCCAGCUGACAGACAUGAGCUGUGAGAGUAUACUGCCGUACUUCUGCCUAGACGACAAAUGCGGUCCCGUUAUGGCAAAAGGGUACAAAUGGGAGGAAAGAACUAAAAGCUGCUACAAAUAUCAUGAGACUGGAGAGACUUGGCGCCAAGCCCUAGCCACGUGUCAUGCCGAUGGCGGCCAUUUGGCUAUCAUCAACACACAGACUGAGUCUACUGUACUUAAGGAAAUGUUCAACGAAAAAGGGGGCCUACACGCAUUUGUUGGCUUUUCGCAUUAUUAUGAUGAUGAGUGGGCGACUAUUCAUGGUGAGACGCUUUCUGGCGCCGGUUUUUCUAAAUGGGGCAAAGAUGAGCCCAACAACACGGGUAAAAAUGAGUUUUGCGGGUCCAUCAACCAGGAAGGACUCCUCAACGACGCUUCGUGCAACGUACCAGCUCCAUUUAUUUGCGAGUUUAUCCCUAAAAAAUAGUUUGUGGCCAUUUCAUCGAAGCAAACACAUUAUAUAAAUCCAUAUGAGAUAUUUACCCUCUUAUUCAGAAACGUACUCUAAAGUUAUCAAGCCGAUAAAGUUCGUUUGUCCCUUUCCGACGUAUUGGUGUGAGAGAAAAGGACAAACGAACUUUAUCGGCUUGAUAACUUUAGAGUACGUUUAUGAAUAAGGUGGUUAAAGUGUAAAAAUCGUACCUCGGAAUCAUACGGAAACAUUUAUUAUGAUUCAGAUGGCGCUACACAUUUGGUUGACACUCGGUGAGACCACUCGGGAAUCUUCAUUUUCUCGGCCACUGCUGUAAUUCAGUAUUUCUGACUUUAGUUCCUGGGUUCCUGUCAUUGUCGUUGGGUUUGUCAUUUGCGAUCAGCUUUGGGUCGAGGCACGGCCUCUUUCCUACUGUCGUGGGCUUCGUGGUUGGCGCCUUGUUCCUCAUCGUCACUGUCCUGGGCUACUGUGGGGCUAUCAAGGAAAAUAGGGUCAUGUUAUACGUAUAUUCCGGUAUCAUGGCGGUGUCCGCAGUAAUAAACCUGUUGUUAUUGGUUCUGAUCCAGACCAGUGAUAUGACAGUGAAUGCCGGACCGGUCCUUAAUAUUGGCGGAGCGAUACUGUCAUUGUCAUUAGCGGUGAUCCUGGCGGGUCUGACACGCAAGGGCGUCAACCAGGGCUGCGUCCUGAGCCCGCCACCUACUUCGUACACGCCUAACAUUUAAUUUUAUCUGUUUCAACAUGCUAUGCCUGUUAACGCUACGACUAUAGAAGGUUAUUUUUUAUAACCGACAAUAUUUUCUGGUUAUUAUGGGCUGACUAUGUAAAAUAAUAAUGAAAGAUCAAAUAACAUAUUUCUUUUUUUUU